AUGUAUGGUGCAAUGUUAUUCAUUUUUAUAUUUUCAUUAUUAGUAAUUAAUGUGAAUUCAUAUGGUUGUCGUUGUUCAUGUUGUGCAGGUUCUGGUUGUUCAUUACUAUAUUUAGGUACAUUAUCUGUGCCAACAUGUGCUAGUACAACAUGUGUAGAUGCAUGUAAAGCAUCUUAUACAACAUGUUUGGUUGGAUUAUCAAAUGCUGUUUGUGCUGCUACAAAUAUUUUUAAAUUUUAUACCAUCUCAUUAUUAAUUAUUUCCACAUUUAUAUUUACUUUAAAUAUCAAUAAGUGCUCUUAA